AAUCUCCUUUCCGAAUGUUCCUUUUCCAACCCAGUUUGUCCUCCUCCAAAACCAACAGGUUAAACCUCCAACUGUGGUCGGCCAGUUCCACACCCUCUUCUUCGGCUCUGUGAGGAUGUUCUUCCUUGGAGUGCUGGGCUUUGCGGUUUAUGGGAACGAGGCUUUGCAUUUCAGCUGUGAGCCAGACAAAAGAGAGAUAAAUCUGUUCUGUUACAAUCAGUUCAGGCCAAUAACUCCCCAAGUGUUCUGGGCAUUACAGCUAGUGAUUGUCCUGCUUCCUGGGGCGAUUUUCCAUCUUUAUGCCGCAUGUAAAAGCAUCAACCAAGAAUGCAUCCUUCAAAAGCCCGCGUACACUGUGAUUUACAUCCUCUCCGUCUUGUUGAGGAUCAGCCUGGAGGUGGUAGCAUUUUGGCUUCAGAUUCAUCUCUUUGGCUUCCAGGUGAAGCCUCUAUACUUGUGUGAUGCUGAAUCCCUCGGUAAAAAGAUAAAUGUUGUAAAAUGCAUGGUUCCAGAACAUUUUGAAAAGACUAUCUUUCUCAUUGCAAUGUACACCUUUACUGUAAUCACCAUUGUAUUGUGUGUUGCUGAGAUUUUUGAGAUCAUAUUCAGAAGAUCAUGUUUCCUAUUUAAACAAUGACAUGGUUGAUUGUCUAAAGUCAUGCAAUAAUUCCGAUCAAUCUUUAUGUUUAGUUUUCUCAUCAAGUACCUCAAUUCCAUAUGUUCUAUAAAUUUUGGUGUAUCUGUAAUUUAUGUAUAAUAGAAAUAGAUAACAAGUUCUAAACUAGGUGGUUUUGAGCAAAU